AUGUCAAAUUGGUUUAAAGUUGCUAUUGAACAAAAAUACAUUACGUCAUUUGAGUAUGAUUCUUUUCAGAAUUGGGAAGAAAUAGGCAGAGGAGGAUCUGGUACUAUAUAUGGCGCUUAUUCAAGAGAUAUUGAAAAAACUAUAGCUUUAAAAAGUUUAUAUUGUGAUGACAAUAUUUCGUUGAAUGGUUUUAUUAAAGAAAUCAAAAAUAUUACUAGAGUUGCGCAUCAUGAUAAUAUAGUACGAUUUUUUGGAAUCACGCAAGGGAUAACUUUACAAGUAAUUAAUGGCAAAAGAGAAACUCCUGUUAACGGAACUCCGAUUGACUUUAUGAAUAUUUAUUGUGAUGCUUGGAAUGGUGAUCCAACUUUACGUCCUAGUAUAGCCGAAAUCCGUGAUAAAUUAAAUUACAUACAAAUGUAA